AUAUAGUCUCUUCAGGCUUAAAAUGGCUGAAAAUAUUUAUUUAAACUUUGUAUCAGACUCCGAACUGAAGCCAGACUCUAAACAUAAGGAUGGGGGGCAGUGUUCCAAACCAAUGCAGAUGCUAUUCGCUGUUCUCCUCUUCCUGUCUUUAUUGGCAAAUGGGGGGUUGGCAUACCUGUAUCACAACAAAUAUGAAAAUUGGCCCUGUGAACCAAUAAAAAACUGCUUGAAUUCAGAUGUUCAUCCAAACAUCUCCUUGAAAAACCACAGUCCACCAAACUAUUGUUCAGAUUUAACAGAGAAGUGGUUCAAAGCAAAGGGCAGAUUCUAUGUUUUUUCCACUGAUACCAAGGACUGGAAAAGCAGCAGAGAGCGCUGUCAGGCUCUGGGUGGAGACCUGGUUAUUAUCAACAAUGAAGAAGAGCAGAGUUUUCUCUCUGAAAAAGUCAAUGGUUAUGACUUCCACUGGAUUGGAUUGACUGACAUCCAGAAUGAAGGGGUUUGGCUUUGGGUGGACAAUGCCCCUUUAACCAGUUACAUUCCAUGGGAGUCUUCCCCAGAUGACUGGAAAGUAGAAAAUCCUCUGGGUGAAGACUGUGUUAUCUUAAAACGUGAUAAAUGGGGAGAUGUUUCCUGUUUGAGGUUGGAGAAAAGGAUAUGUGAAAUCCCAUGCUCUCCACCAUGAAGCAACUCUCAACUGUGUGUGGGUCAAACAAAUUGCAUGUAUAGCAAAUUUGAUUGGAAAUUUAGUCAUUCCAACUUCUAUUGGUUGUAUUUACAUUUGGGUUAUUUUUAAUUUUCAAAGCUAUUCUGAAAAUGAGUUGAGGUUUUAAAUUAUCUUGUCGAAUGAUUUUUCUGUGUUAUGAUAUACUGUAAGUGUUUAGGCAUUGCAUUGGUGGAUCUAGAAUUUUUUAUGGGGUGUCAAGGUGUUAAAUUACCUGUUUUGAUCAACAUUCUUAAUGACUGAUUCAAGCACCCAAAUAAAUAUUUCACAUAAUAUGGUAAUGUCAUCUCUACAUUUGCCACUAUCAGUCUUGGGAUUUUGCUUAUCAGUAGAUGAAUACAUAGAUCAGCACUUUAACUAGGAAUGUGAAUGAUUGAUCUAGUGGUAACUUUUUGUCAUUAGUUUUUAGAGGUUUUGGAUUCUGAUUUGUCCAAAUACAACUUUUUAUUUUUAUUUUAAUAAAACAAGAU